AUGUGGUUCUCAUUAAAAACUAGAAUCUGUGCCUUGUUGGCAUUAACAGCAACAACAACAACAACUUACGCUGAAGAGUAUCUUCUCGCACCACCAGCAACGAGUUAUGGCAUACCUGACUAUAGGCAGAUACGCUCUCUUGGGAAUGAAGGUGCCUAUGGUAGUAAUGAUCUGGUUGGACUUUCUACAGAUUGGAGUGGCAUUACGAGUGAUCUGAGUGGACUAAGCUCUAGUUACGGUCCGGCUCCUAGCGGUGUGGGCGGCGGCAGCUUGAGUGCAAGUAGCGGCAUAAAUGAGAUUUCCAGUAACGGCAAUGCCUACACGAGUGCCCUCAAUGGCUUUACAAAUUACGGUGGCGAUCUCAGUGCACUCCAAUCUAUACAACAAAUACCGGUGUACUCCACAUUGCAACAAGUUCAACAAGUGCCUGUUGUGUCGAGUGUGCAAACCAUACAACAAGUGCCCGUCUUAGCUCAGCAACCGGUGGUGGUGGAACAGCCAGCGCUUGGUGUAGAAGGCCGAAGUUUAGGUGGCGCUGGCAUUGGUGCACUCGGUGGCUUGGCAGGCGGCGGCGGCGGCUUCGGUGGUGGCUUUGGUGGUGGCUUCAAACGCUACCGCACCAGCGUACACAUCCGUUCGCGCGGCUUUGGUGGCGGCUUAGGCGGAUUCGGUGGACUUGGUGGUUUGGGUGGUUUCAAAGGUGCUGGUGGUGGCUUUGGUGGCGGACGCUUUAAGGCGCAUUAUGCGGAAAGUGGUGGCUUUGCAGGCGCCGGUGGUGUGGCUGGCGCUGGUCUACUCGGUGGUGCGGCUGGAGGUUUGUUAGGUUAA